AUGUUUAGAAGCAUUACAAAAUCUCUACUGAAAACUCUUAAGAGUAUGCCGUAUCGUGAAAUAAAUUCAUCAGCAGAUGAUAUAAAUCAGAUAGUUUUGCUUGGUAGAGUUAAUUCUAUUCAUUUAACUGAAAAUGCUGACAAAGCCUAUGUUUCUAUUGGUUUAACAACUAAAAAUACCUACAAGACUUCAAGUGGAUACUCAUCAUCAUAUGCAUAUCAUAAUGUUUAUGUUUUCACUUCAUCAUUGAUUGAUAAAGUUCGACAUUUAAUUAAAGGUGAUAGACUAUGCAUCACUGGCUAUUUAACUUCAUAUAAAGGCGGUGAUGGUCAAUGGCGUUUCUGUGUUACAGCUAAUACUGUUAGCCCAUAUACAGUUAUACAGUCAAGAGAGCAUGAUGCUGUUAUGACAAUAGAAAAAGACGACAUAGAAGACGAAGGAGUGGAUGAUAAAAUGCCACCAGCAUAUGAAGUUCAAAUAAAUAAUAAUAAUAUAUACCCAGAGGAUAUUGAUAAGAAAUAA